GUUAGUAUUACAAUGUAACAUCACUGCCAAUGGUGGUGCGUUUGCAAUGUGGAGUCUGCGUAAUCCGUAGGGUGCUCUUCCGAGGCAAGUCCCAGCGUUCUAUCGGGAGAAGCAAUGCCGAAGCCUCCGGAUAGAUCAGGCAGGGGAGUAAUCUAUGGCCAAGUAUUUGCCGCUGAACGUUUGCCCCUGCCUGCCAACAAGGUGACUGAUGGCCUGCACAAUCGGAGCGCCAGUCAGGACGCACACCGCGCUAGCUUCCUCCAGCGGCGUGCUCCCAUCCUGCACUUUGCCGUCACCUCAUACUCCAGCUCUCACCCGUCCGUCCCCGCAUCUCCGCUGAUCCGCUCGCUGCUCCAGUCCCAUCGAGUGGACGAUGCCGUCAAGCUCCAGUGUAAGGAAACUGGAGAAAGAGAAUGGCUGGUCCGACGGCGAGCGCAGGCAAUCGCUCGCAAGAUGAGCGCGGACGUGCGCCUGUGGGCGGUCAAGAUGCUGGGGUAUGGCCUGGGGCACCUCUGGCGCCUGCUCUUCCGGGACCAGAUCUUUGUCGACCAGGAAGGGCUGCGCCGGCUUUCUUGCCUGCCGGGGAGCUGUCCCGUGGUGUACCUGCCCACCCACCGCAGCCACGUGGACUACCUGUUGCUGUCGUACGUCCUAUUCAGCCGCGACAUCACUGUGCCGCACAUCGCGGCGGGGGACAACCUGCAGAUCCCCCUCCUGGGCUGGGUCAUGCGCAAGGGGGGCGCUUUCUUCAUGCGCAGGAGCAUCCGCGGAUCGCAAGACGAGAAUGUUUACAAGGCAGUCCUGGCGGAGUACAUCCAAACACUCCUUCAGAAGGGCCAGUCCCUCGAGUUCUUCAUUGAGGGCGGCAGGGGACGAGACGGCAAGGUGUGCGUCCCCAAGCUGGGCCUGCUCUCCUUGGUCUUUGACUCCGUCCUCGACGGCCACGUGCCCGACGUCUACCUGGUGCCCAUGGCCAUCGAUUACGAUGUGGUCCUGGACGAGCCGUCGUACAUUCGGCAGUCGCUGGGCCUGAAGAAGGCCCGCGAGACGUUGCUGCAAGCGCUGCGCGCCUUCUGGAGCGCGCUCUGGCGGGACAACGGGCGUGUCUACGUCACCUUCUCCGAGCCAGUCAGCCUGCGGGACUGGCUGCACGCGAAGCAAGGGGGGGCAACGGGGGAGAGGAGAUCGUCCCUGGUGGGUAGUGAGACACGGCACCGCCUGCAAGACAAGCUCGCCGCCUUCCAUGCCGCUAGCGCUGAGGCGGCAUCCCCUGGGGCGAAGCUGCCCCCCGCACGGCUGUCCGAAACCAGUGUCAAAGACCGGGCGGCCGUCUUCCAGAACGGGGGGCCAGUGCACGAGGCCGAGAAGGCUCCGCCGUCCCCCCAGCCCGAGAAGGGUCGCUCGCUAGAACGCCGGGCUAGUGCCGUGGGAGCUCUUGCGGCGCAGUUCAAUGCAGCGGGGGGGAGCAAGGCCCCCAUGCCCAGCCCCCAGCUCGUGAAGGCAGCCAGCAGCAGGCGGCCGCCGACGUCGCCUGUGCAGGAUGCACGAAAGUCUUGGAACGGAAACGGAAGCAGCGAGAAGGCGGAGCGGGCCACUGCUGAGUCCCCAGAUGGCGAGGCGAAGGGAGGAGUUCCAGAGGUAGAAACUGUUUCUGCCACGGCGGCGGAAAGCAAAGCAGAGCCUAGCAAUGGCGAAUUAGAUACGGAUGUAGAUGAAAAGACCGCCGACAAAGGAACAAGUAAAAAGGACGAAUACAUUGAUUCGAAUGUACAUAAACCCGAGUUGUUAAAAGACGGCGCGGGCGUGCCAUCACCCCCUCCCAGGGAGCUGCCUGUCGAGCCCGGCGAAGCGGAGGCGCUGAGCGUGCCGGCCGCGACGGGCGAGCCCGCGAUCGACCGGGUAUACGUGGGCAAGGAGCAGCGGCGCGAGCUAGUGGCCGCGCUCGGGGAAGAAGUAGGCGCGGCCAUCCGGCGCAGCGUGGCGGCCACGCCGACCGCGCUGGUGGCGGUCGCGCUCUUGACGGCCAGAGACGGGACGGGGCUCGAGCGAGAAGAGUGUGCGGCCGCGGUCGACUAUGUCGGGUGGCAGGUCCUGGCCCGGGGGGGGCAAAUCGCAGUGGCGGGAGGUGUCCCCUGGGGCAGAGAGGCGGCGCAAGAAGCCGUGGAGGAGGGGGUACGGCUGCUGGGGCCGUGUGUGAGCGUGUGCGGGACGAGGAUGCGGGCGGUGAGGAGUCCCCAACGCCGGCUGACGCUGCAGUACCACUGCAACCAGCUGGUAUACCUGUUCGCUGGCGAGGCCCUUGUGGCUUGUGCAUUCGCCUCGGCGCUCAGCGAGACCCGGGCCGGCGACACGGCCCGCCGGCGGUCCACCAUCCCGCGCUCCACUAUCGCCGAGAAAGCACGCUGGCUGCGGCGGCUCAUGCGCGCGGAAUUCGACCCGCUCGUUGGGGCGGCCGACACAGACGCGCUGUGGGAGGAGCAGCUGGCGGCGUACCUGGACCGGCUGGUGCAAGAGGAAGCGGUGCUGUCCCUGGACGGGGGCCGUCAGCUGCGGCCUGCCUCUCGGGAUCCGGAUGCCAACACUCUGGAAGCGCGGGGUGUGCUGACGUGGGCGGCGGCACUCGUGCGGCCGCACAUCAGGACGUACGCCUACGCGCUGCGGUGCUUGCUCGCACUAAGCAACAGGCCGCCUCUGCCGGACGCCGCCAUUGUCGCCGCGCUGCAAGCUGCGUGCGCCGAACCCCUCCUGCCAUCCCCAUCGGAAGCGCCUGCCGCCUUGGCUCCCUCAGACGCCGCUCCCUCCGAGGACAUUCUGCCCAGCGUCUUCGUCUUGCGAGGCCUCCUUUCCACCGUCAAUGCCAUGGGCUUACUGCCUCAGGGCUGCUCGAAAGAGCCCCUAAGCCCCGGGGGACAGCCGGGGGACUUUUCCCGGGUUGAGUCUCUGGUGGACUUCGCCCCCUUGAUGCAACAAGCGGAGAAGUUCGGGCAUUCGGAGGGGCCGGGGGCCGCAGUGGAAGACGUGUCCGUGACACAGCAACUCCAAGCAGUGGCUGUGAUGCUGGACGGAUUCGCUGCACCGCUGAGAAUAUAAAAUGGUCAAAGCUUAAGGUGAUUGUUUGUGUAAGGGGUCAACCUGCUCAGCAGGCAGCGGGUUCUUUUCAGCAGAUUGUGCCUCUCACUCUUGAGUACAGUUUGCAGAGUAUGUUCGUGUUCAUUGUUUCAAGGUGGACGCCUCCUGUUAUGUUACUUUAGCUUGAUUUGAUGCGAUAAGGAAAGACUUGCUUGCCACGAUAACAGUUGCGGUGGCCAUUCCCAAUGAACGGGAUCAGUAGUUCGGUUCUGUCACAAUCUGACAAGCUCGUCUCCUCUUGUACCAGUCCCUGCAUGUCCAACAGCCUGAUCAGACCGUCCUCGGACCUUUGAACGUCC